AUCUUUUCUGGCUCCCCAGGGGCUCUAAACCCUCUCCCCACACUUCUAACCAGAGGAGGAGGAGAGAGAAAGAAAGAUGGCAUUCCACCUCUCUUCCACCCCUCCCUCCUCUCAAUCCCCCACCUCCACUCCUUCCCCCCAACCCCCACAUCCCCUCUUCUCCUCCUCUGCCCAAAUUCUCCACCUGUCCUCCCCUUUCCUCUCUUCUUGGAAGCACAAAAACCCCAUCAAAACCCCUCUCCCCUCUCUCUCCUCCCCUCCGCCCAAACCCCUCCUUCCGCUUCAUACCCCUACUAAAGUCUCCCUUCAAGAUCCCUCUCCCCAGACCUCUCUGGACUCCGAUUCCCAAUCCCUGGACGGCCAGAAACCCAAAACCCCCUCCAAAAAUUCCAUUUGGAUCAACCCCAACAGCCCCCGCGCCGCCCGCCUCCGCCACCACUCCUCCGACUCACGCUACGCCCGCUUCGCCGCCCUCGCCGCCUCCCUCGACUCCUCCGACCCCACCGACGCCGCCGUCGCCGCCGCCAUCUCCGCCCUUGCCGACCGCCCCACCGAGCAGGACGCCGUCACCGUGCUCAACUGCAUGGAGAACUCCGCCAACGCCGUCCUCGCCCUCAGGUGGUUCCAGAACAACAUCAAGAUCAACAAAGAGGUGAUUUUGUACAAUGUGACGGUCAAAGUAUUGAGGAAGUCUAAAAAUUGGGAUGGGGUGGAGGCCCUCUGGAAGGAGAUGCUGGAGAGGGGUGUGAAGCCGGAUAACGUGACGUUUUCGACCAUUAUUAGCUGCGCCGGGUUCUGUAAUUUGCCGGAGAAAGCCGUGGAGUGGUUCGAGAAGAUGCCCGAGUUCGCAUGCAGCCCGGAUUAUGUCACGUAUUCGGCGAUGAUCGAUGCUUAUGGCCGAUCGGGCAAUAUCGAGAAGGCUCUUGGCCUGUAUGAUCGUGCCCGCCAGGAAAAGUGGCGUCUUGAUCCUGUUACGUUCGCGACGGUGAUCAGAGUUUACAGUCAUUCGGGGAAUUUUGAUGGUGCGCUUAAUGUGUAUGAGGAAAUGAAGGCGCUUGGUGUGAAGCCAAAUGUGGUCAUUUAUAACACGUUGUUGGAUGCCAUGGGCAGGGCCGGGAGGCCGUGGCAAGUGAAGACCAUCUUUAAAGAGAUGGAUAAGAAGGGGGUGGUGCCCAACAGGGCGACAUAUGCCGCUCUCCUAAGAUCAUAUUGCAAGGCUCGUUAUGCUGAGGAUGCGCUUAGUGUUUAUAGGCAGAUGAAGGAGAAAGGGAUGGAGAUGAAUGUGAUCUUGUAUAACAUGCUCAUGUCGAUGUGUGCUGAUAUUGGUUGUGUUGAUGAAGCUGCUGAGAUUUUUGCGGAGAUGAAGGGAUUGCCUGAUGACUGUAAGCCUGAUAGCUGGAGCUAUUCGGCUCUGAUUACUGCAUACUCUUGUAGUGGAAAAGUUUUGGAGGCAGAAGGCUUGUUAAAUGAGAUGUUGGAAGCUGGAUAUCAGCCAAAUAUCUUUGUGCUUACGUCAAUCAUCCAGUGUUAUGGGAAAGCUAGGCAGACUGAUGAUGUUGUGAGAAGUUUUGACAAGUUACUGGAAUUGAGGAUAACACCAGAUGACCGGUUUUGUGGUUGUCUUUUGAAUGUGCUGACUCAGACCCAGACAGAAGAAUUGGGGAAGGUGAUUAACUGUAUUGAGAGAGCUAAUGUCAAGUUGGGUUCUUUAGUGAAGCUACUAGUGGAUGAAGGAUCUGCCAAUGAGGCGGUGAAACAAGAAGCUGAAGAGCUCUUUGAGAACAUCAGUAAUGAAGUGAAGAAGGCUUACUGUAAUUGUUUGAUAGAUUUCUGUGUAAACCUCAAUCAAUCAGAAAAAGCUUGUGUGCUCCUGGAUAUGGCACUUCGGCUUGAGAUAUAUACAGAUCUACAGUCAAAAUCUCCUACACAGUGGUCUUUACAUGUGAGGGGUCUUUCUCUUGGAGCAGCGUUGACUGCUUUGCAUGUCUGGAUGAAUGAUUUGUCCAAGGCCUUAGAGAAUGGGGAGGAGUUGCCUCCACUACUAGGUAUUCAUACAGGGCAUGGGAAGCAUAAAUAUUCAGAAAAAGGGUUAGCAUCUGUGUUUGAAUCACACUUGAGAGAAUUGAAUGCACCAUUUCAUGAGGCACCAGAUAAGGUUGGAUGGUUUCUGACCACAAAAAUUGCUGCUAACUCAUGGUUGGAGUCGAGGAAUUUGUCAGAGUCAGUUUCUGCUUAGUUUGCACCAUGAGAUACCAGAAUUUUGUCUGUAAGCAACAUUUUUCUCUAUCCAAAUGAAAUAUCAUUUUGAUUUUCUGGCAUAUAUUCAGAGAUUUUGGUGCUUUAAAUUUUUGCUUGGGCACAUGUUGCUUGCUUACAGUCAGAUGUACAUAUCACUUGAUUCUUGUUC